AUGCGUCUUAUUCCCUUAGUUUUAGCAACUUUUAUUGCAAUCGCACAUGCAGUCCCUCAAGCUCCUGGCAUCACAUCCACUGCAGCUCCAGCUCAAUCUACCAGCGUGCAAGCGCCUGCUGCUUCCACAACACAACCUCCAGCUGCUUCUUCAGGAUCAGUGCCAGCAUCAGGGAGUCAACAACCCAUUGCUACAGCUAUUCUUCCCGGUAAUAGCACAAAUAGCAACAGCACACAAUCAGCAGUGGCAAGCAAUGGCGGAGCAGCAAACAACACAUUGGCUGGCUUGCCUACAUCCGCAAGUUAUGGCAAUAGUGUCUAUCCUGGUGGUGCUUCAUUUGCCACGCCAACUGCUAGUAAAUCAGUUUCACCAUUAUACCGCAUCGAUCCCAAAGAAAAUGUCACAUUCGUCUGGUCAUUCACUGAUUUGCUUGUUCAACCUUCCAACUUGACUUUGGCUGCUGUUGCGCCUAAUAAGGUCACCUAUACCAUUACUGCCAUGCCUGGACUUGCUACUAGUGCUGUCUGGCAAAUCAAAGAUGUACCAACUGCUUCACCACUCAUGAUGGGUAUGUAUCAGAUCCAGCUGUAUGAUCAAAGAGGUGUCUCUGCUCCUGCCCAGCCUGGUUGGUUGGCUCCUUAUACCAGAUUGUCCAUUGCAUUCUAUUCUCCAGAAUCGUAUUCAGCCAUGUCAGGAUCUGAUUAUUGUCCUACUUGUUUCUACAAUGCUGGGAGAAGAAUUGCAGAGAGUUUUGGCCCCAUUGCCGUCGCUUUGAGUGUAGCUUCUGCUACAUCAGCCAUAAUCUUGUAUGGUCUAUUGUGGUAA